CCCAUUUUCCGUUCCCUUCUUCCGAAACCCAAGUACUUUUUCGGAAUCUGCGAGAGAGAGGAGAGGAGGGGGAGGAGAAAUUUCUUUCGGGAGAGCUAGGGUUCGCCGAAACCCUGGUCUCUCCAAUAUCCACCUUCUCUUCCGCCUCUCUCUCUCCCAAAUCCAUUUGCCUCACCGAAUCGAAUCGCCGAGGGCUUCUCCUUCGUUUCCGACCUCCCAAGCCAUCUUCAGCCCGCCAGAUCCUUUCUCGCCUGCUUGUCCAAGAGACUGUUUCUGGUAAGUGACGAUGGUGCUGUGGGUUUUUGGGUAUGGUUCACUAGCCUGGAACCCUGGUUUUGAUUUUGAUGAGAAGAUGAUUGGCUUCAUUAAGGACUACAGGCGUGUUUUUGAUCUUGCAUGCAUAGACCACAGGGGAACACCAGAAAAUCCAGCAAGAACCUGCAUGCUAGAGGCCAGAAAAGGAGCGGUUUGUUGGGGUGCUGCAUAUUGUGUUAAAGGAGGCAUAGAAAAGGAAAAGGCAGCAAUGCAGUAUUUGGAGAGAAGAGAGUGCGAGUACGACAGAAAAGCUUGUGUAGACUUCUAUAGGGAGGGAGAUUCUCUUGAGCCAGCUGCCACACGAGUUUUAGUUUUCAUGUCGACUCCCGACAAGGAAGCUAACAAGUACUAUCUAGGUCCGGCUCCCUUGGAAGAAAUGGCAAGGCAAAUUGCUACUGCAGCUGGUCCUUGCGGGAAUAAUAGGGAUUAUCUCUUUUUGCUGGAGAAGGCAAUGUUCGACAUAGGUCAUGAAGAUGAUUAUGUCAUUGAGCUGGCAAAUGAGGUGAGGAAGGUGCUUGGGGGGCUGAAAGAGAAGAGGAUGGUCGGGUCCCUCAUACUACUCAAAUCCCAUCCCCUUUUCAUGCACCUGUCCUCCCUUCCAGAAGCCACCGUCGUGGACUCGAGAUGAAAAUUAAUGAUUUUAAGUUAUAUCUGGAGGGGUGCAGAAAAUUCAAAGACCACUCCGAGCAGUAUUCCCUCUCUCUCUCUCUCUCUCUCUCUCUCUCUCGAUGUUGGGUACCUAAAGCAAAAAAAUUCUAUAUUUUCAAUCCUUUUCAUUUGGCAUCAUUCUAGGUUUAGCAUCCUUGCACCUGUGUUAGAAUUGUUUUGAAUGGCUGUCUUUAAUCUUAACAAUGUCUUGUUUUAACAUGGAAGAAUUUAUGAGGUUAAUGUCAUGUAAUGACACCUUUAUCAUGAGCUGGAAGUCGGGCGAAAAAUUUUCUUUUUGUUGUCGAUGUUUAUCAUUUGCAAGGGAAUUUUUCAUAUUUGGUCA